GGUCCCACAGCUGAACUUAAUGGAAUUCCUCCUCACAGUUAAAAAAAAACCAAACCCUGAAUAUGAAUGUGGAAGAAAGGCAAUUUGAUGUUUGUAAUUAUCGAGGUAAACUCCACAACCCGCUGAAUAUAUGCAAAAUGGACUCUAGAUUGAGUAUAUAAAAGCAGCAUGUGCAGAGAAUAAGAGCAAGUAUUGAGAGUUCUUUCUGGUAGAACAAGUCAUCAUACAGGAUGACUACCAUGAGCAACAAGGGGAGUUCCCUGAAAGGUUUGUUGGUGGUGGUCCUUCUGGUGUCCAACAUACUCCUGACAAAAGAAGGAGUGACCUCCUUGCCAAUCUGCCCCAAUGGAUCUGUCAAUUGCCAAGUUUCCCUUGGGGAACUUUUUGACCGAGCAGUUAAACUUUCACACUACAUCCACUUCCUGUCUUCGGAAAUAUUCAAUGAAUUUGAUGAACGCUACGCUCAGGGCCGGGGGUUUAUUACAAAAGCUGUAAAUGGCUGCCACACUUCCUCCUUAACCACUCCUGAAGAUAAGGAACAAGCUCAGCAGAUUCAUCACGAAGACCUGCUGAAUAUAGUAGUGGCAAUGCUGCGCUCCUGGAAUGAUCCCCUGAUCCAUCUGGCCUCUGAAGUACAAAGUAUCAAAGAAGCUCCAGAAACCAUCCUCUGGAAGACUGUAGAGAUUGAAGAACAAAACAAGAGGCUUCUAGAAGGGCUGGAGAAAAUAGUUGGGCGGGUUCAUACUGGUGAGACUGGAAAUGAAAUUUACUCUCAGUGGGAAGGCCUUCCAUCCCUGCAACUUGCUGAUGAGGACUCCAGACUCUUUGCCUUUUACAACCUGCUGCACUGUCUCCGCCGAGAUUCUCACAAAAUUGACAACUAUCUCAAGGUUCUCAAGUGUCGCCUAAUCCACGAUAGCAAUUGUUAGGUAGGUCUUCAUGGACCUAAUCACUUACUGAAAUAAUGCGUAAUGGUCUUCUUGUUGCCUUGCUACUUUCCAUUGCAAACUUUAUGAAAAGUCAGUUUGUUCAGUAUUAGGAUCAUCAGUAACUUUCAGGCAUGUUUGUGUGAAUUCUAGCUGCAACUAUUAGCACCAUUUAUCUAGAUGCUAUAAACUGUCAUAAAUUACGUGUAUGACAGGAACAUACUUUUCUGUCUAAUGUCCUCACCUAUUAACAUUUCAAUGAUAACCAGAUCAUGCAGAUACAAAUAAAAAUGUUAUUAAAUCCAAAA